GGAACAUCCCGGGCACCGCCCCGGCCCCCAGCCGCCGCCGCCAGCCCCGCGCACCCAGGAGCACGGCGGCCAGCCCCGCCAGCCCUGCGCCCCGGCACCGCCGCAUCCCGCCGCUCCGCCGCCCGCGCCUCGCUGCGCCCCGCCAGCCCCGGCUCUCUGCUCCGGCCGCGCCGCCUCCUCUCCCCCUCCUCUUCUCUCCUCGGCCCCUCCGCCGCCGCCAGCUCCGCCCCGGGGCUGCGCCCUGCGCCGGCGCCGCUCGGGGGCUCGCCCGGCCCCGCAGCGCUCAGUGGCUCUGCACGGGCAGAGGUUUCUCUCCGGGGAAAUGGGCUCUCCCCGUCCUCCUGGGGAGCAAGGGCUCCCCCGCAACAAGAACCCCGCACAGCGCCAGGCACGGCCUGGGAGAGCUGCAGGGCCCUGAGCCAGGAGAUGGACCGGCUUCCCAGAGCUGCCUCCGAGCUCAGGGGCUGGAAACACCAGCCGCUGGUUUCCUGCGCAUGGCAGUGAGGAGGCUGAGGGCCUGCCUUCAGCUGCCUCUCUGCAGGCCCAGCACACUGCCUAGAAGUUGUGUUGAGGCAAAGCGGCUGUGACUUGACUUCUACCAGCACUGCUGCAUUCCUGCCCUAGAAAUUCUGGGGCCUUUCAUCCCAGCACUCACAAGAAGCCUUCAAUGGGGAAUGGGCAUGCUCUAUACCUGGCAAUGAAAAGGCAGCAGUGUUGGAAAUCACAGCACAGCCCAUAUCAUUAGCUGUGACAGUCUGCACUGAGGAUGAGCUUGUCAGGAAAUUGUUACCUCUGCAAAGGGUGCCUGUGUUCCUGCGGCAAUGAAGGGCAGGUAUAAAAGCCAGCGCAAGUCCCCGCUCUCUCAUCCACUUCUCUUGCCUCCUUCUCCUUGGGAACAGGUGCACCUCCAGCCCAGAGACAUGUCCUGCUACAGCCAGUGCCUGCCAUGCCGGCCCUGCGGCCCGACCCCGCUGGCCAACAGCUGCAAUGAGCCCUGUGUCAGGCAGUGCCAGAACUCCACUGUCGUCAUCGAGCCCCCGGCUGUGGUGGUGACCCUGCCCGGCCCCAUCCUCAGCUCCUUCCCACAGAGCACCGUGGUGGGCUCGUCCACCUCCGCUGCUGUUGGCAGCAUCCUGAGCUGUGAUGGAGUGCCCAUCUCCUCCGGGGGCUUGGACCUCUCCUGCAUUACCAGCCGCUACUGUGGCAGAAGGUGCCUCCCCUGCUAAAGAUGAUGGGAAAGCCCCAGGGAGACAGCCUGAGGAACUCAGAAUAUGGUGCUGGGCAGAGAAUUGCUCUCCUGGAUUGUGUUUUCAGCACAUCUCAGCGACC